GAAGCAUCCUGGCUUCCGCAGUUCGAUGUGUAAUCAGACUCUUGCGCUCCAUUUCUUCCUUUCUUUCACGAUUUAUCGCGAUUUUUUUUUUUUUUUUUGGAUCAGGCAGCAAUCAGUUCUCUCUUCCCGGUGUCUCUGAGAAACAGGUGAUCCUGGUUAACAACGGUCAGUGUUUGGAUGCUGUUUCCUUGCCGGCGUUUGCAGGAUGAUAGGACCCGGCGAGCCUGAAUGAGAGCAUAACUUUACUUUGCAAGAGGAAAAACUUUCUAUUUUGAGGGGAAGGCGUUUUCACCAAAUCCCGUAGCGUCUAAAAGCAGAAAAAGUUGGUUUUAAAGCUGGACUUCUCCACUGGUUUGGGAUCUGUGUGCGCGUGUCAAUUUCAAAGGCGGCUGCAUUUUUUUUUUAAAAGAAACGGUGGCCGGUUGGAAUAGACUUCUUAAAUGUUUGGGAUUCAAGAUACUUUAGGAAGAGGACCCAUUCUGAAAGAAAAAUCUCUCGCUUCUGAAAUGGAUUCCGUCAGGUCCUGGGUCAGAAAUGUUGGGGUGGUAGAUGCAAACGUAGCUGCACAAAGCGGAGUAGCUUUGUCCAGAGCCCACUUCGAAAAACAACCACCUUCCAACUUGAGGAAAUCCAAUUUCUUUCAUUUUGUCCUGGCUCUCUACGACAGGCAGGGGCAGCCGGUGGAAAUAGAGAGGACCGCUUUUGUGGACUUCGUAGAAAAUGAUAAAGAGCAAGGCAAUGAAAAGACCAAUAACGGCACACACUACAAACUUCAACUCCUUUACAGCAAUGGUGUCAGAACUGAACAGGAUCUGUUUGUUAGGCUCAUCGAUUCAGUCACUAAACAGCCCAUCACUUAUGAAGGACAGAACAAGAAUCCAGAAAUGUGCAGAGUUCUGCUUACUCAUGAAGUCAUGUGCAGCCGGUGCUGUGAAAAGAAAAGUUGCGGCAACAGAAACGAGACUCCCUCAGAUCCUGUGAUCAUUGACAGGUAG